AGGAGUCCAAGCGGUCGUCUGCUUUUACGGCUGCGGCGCGCCGGAAAGUGAGCAUGUUAUUUAUAAAAGUGGAUAAUUUCCAUGAUAAAUGAAAAUGGCCAAUUCUUUAAGAGGAGAAGUAUUGAAUCUUUAUAAAAAUCUGCUGUAUCUUGGACGAGAAUAUCCAAAAGGAGCAGACUAUUUUAAAAGGCGUUUGAGGAAUGUUUUCCUUAAAAAUAAAGAUGUGAAGGACCCAGAGAAGAUAAAAGAACUUAUUCGACGUGGUGAAUUUGUAAUGAAAGAGCUAGAAGCCUUAUACUUUCUUAGGAAAUACAGAGCUAUGAAACAACGCUAUUAUUCUGAUAUCAACAAAACUAACUGAUUAUUACUACUAUAAAACUGAAAAUCAGUGCCACAUGUUUAUGUAUACCAAGUACUAUAAAAUAAUUCUAAUUUAAAAUGGUAAAAUAUAUAUGGUGUGUAAAAAAUACCUGAGCUGGCCUAAUGAACUAAAAUUAAUAGGUUUCAACUUCUCUUCAUAUGGAAAGCUUUAUCAAUGCAAUGCUUUAUACUCAAUUUUUAUACUACAAUAGCAAUUUAGCUAUACUGCCAAUUAUAAAUUGAGUACCCAAUUUUGAUUGCAAAUACACUUACGUUUUCUAACUUACAUGGAUUUAAGCUAAUUACUCUUAGCCCAUUUCUCCAUUUUACUGACAAAAAAAUGUCAUUAACUAUAUAUACAUUUAAUAAGUAAAAUAAUUUCUUACACAUUUAUUCCUCAACUUUUGAGAAAGUUACCUUAUUUUUGACCCAGUUUGGUGCAUUAAUAGCAACAUGUUCAAAAUUCACUACAAAACAAAUAGUACUGGUAUUGAUUGAUUGGUAAUGAUUUAAGUAUAGUUAGAGAAAUCAUAGUAUUUAUGGAUCAGAUUACUUUUUAACCUUGAAAUAGCCUGCUGGUGACUAGCAUUAAUACCACUUAGUUAUUUCCAUUAUUUAUUUUGCUGCUGGCUACUUUUGGGCUUUAUGUCACCUACUGUGCAUUACCUUCUUUGAUAAAAAAAGUAAUCAUGUUCUAUAUUCUUAUGUCAUAAAGGCAGAUGUUUUGCUAUCUACUAAUAAAUGAAAUGAUGAGGCAAGGAACCUAACCCUAAUAUGGCUUUAAGUUCAAGCAACCACUUAAGCCUUUAUAUAAUAUUCACAAUGCCUUUUAUAAAUAAAGAAUAUUUCUAACUUAUAA